GUUGGCAAAUCCUCCUUACUCAUACGCCUCACGGAUCAACGAUUCCUCGCCAAUCCUGACCCAACAGUAGGAGCAGAGUUCAGCUCGAAGCUUGUUACAAUACUAAGAAGAAUAAGGUCGUCAAGCUCCAAUGUCGGCUGGGACACGGCCGACACUGAGUCGUUUAGGUCCAUCACGCGUUCGUACUACCGCGGCGCGGCGGGCUGUUUGCUCGUGUAUGACAUG